AUGGAUUCUUCUACUUUUUAUCCUUCGAUCUCUCACGUCAGAGUCUCCGCGAAUUCCUUCCUCUCCCAAUACGAACCACUUGCUCUGCUUCUCCUUCCACUCCUCUCUGUUCUUCUCGCUCACUCGCUUCACUCCAUCUUCCGCCACCUCUCCGAGAACGGACUCAAAGCCACGCUACUAGGGUUUCUCUUGAACUCUGUCAAAUUGGUCCCUGGCGUGAAGGGGUACAUAGAUGCCGAAAAACAGAAGGUUGUGGAUAAGUUGCAAUCUGACAGCAAAUCUAGAAGAGAUGGUUGGAAUACUGAGUUGCCAAGCAUAGGAUUAGGGACAUCUGUCCUCGAGAAAAUGAGAGAGGAAAAAAUAAACGAUCCACUCUGGCAAGGCAAAUGCUCCGGUACAGUGUACAUUGGAGGAAGUGAAUCUGAUGGACAUUUUUCUGUGAUAAACGAGGCAUGUUCAAUGUUUGCUCAUACCAAUCCCCUGCAUUUGGAUGUAUUCAAGAGUGUUACACGCUUUGAGGCAGAAGUGGUUGCAAUGACAGCGGCACUUCUUGGAAGUAAGGAAAAUAGUUCUGGAGGACAAAUAUGUGGCAACAUGACAUCAGGCGGGACUGAAAGUAUAUUAUUAGCUGUCAAAUCCUCCCGUGACUAUAUGAAAUCUAAGAAAGGAAUUACAAGACCUGAAAUGAUUAUUCCUGUGUCUGGACACUCAGCAUAUGACAAGGCUGCAAAGUAUUUAAAUAUCAAACUAUGGCGUGUACCAGUUAACAAGAAUUUUCAAGCAGAUGUGAGAGCGAUUCGACGUCAUAUUAACAAAAAUACCAUCUUGAUUGUUGGAUCUGCGCCAGGGUUUCCUCAUGGAAUAAUUGACCCCAUUGAAGAUCUUGGUCAUCUGGCAUCAAGCUUUGGUAUUUGUUUCCAUGUGGACCUUUGCCUUGGUGGCUUUGUAUUACCAUUUGCUCGUGAGCUUGGGUACCCUAUUCCACCUUUUGAUUUUUCUGUUAAAGGGGUUUCUUCAAUUUCAGCAGAUGUACAUAAAUACGGUUUAGCUCCCAAAGGAACAAGUGUAGUUCUUUAUAGAAACCAUGAAAUCAGAAAGGCUAUACAUCCAAAUGUCUUAGUUCAAGAGUCCUCUAUCUCUUUCUCUUCCUUGGGAAAUCAUGAAGAGUUGGUAGAUGAAAUAUUCUUGCAUUUCUUCAUAGGGAUAGUAAGCAUCAAUUUGUUGCUGUGUCAAAUUGUCAAUGUCACAGUUACUGAGUGGUCUGGUGGGUUGUAUGUGUCUCCAACCAUAGCUGGAAGCAGGCCUGGAAGUCUUAUUGCUGGUGCGUGGGCAGCAAUGAUUUCUCAAGGGAAAGAAGGUUACUUGAAAAAUACAAAAGCAAUUAUGGAGGGGUCAAGAAGAAUACAGAAAGGCAUACAGGAGAUUGCUGAGUUGUUUAUUGUUGGAAAACCCGACAUGACCAUCGUGGCUUUUGGAUCUGAUGUUCUAGAUAUAUUUGAAGUGAAUGAUAUUAUGUCAUCCAAAGGGUGGCAUUUGAAUGCAUUACAGAGACCCAACAGCAUCCAUAUCUGUGUUACACUGCAACAUGUACCAAUUAUUGAAGACUUUCUCAAUGAUUUGAAGGAGUCUGUGAAAACUGUGAAAGAAAAUCCAGGUCCAAUAAGUGGAGGCCUAGCACCUAUAUAUGGCGCCGCAGGGAAGAUGCCAGAUAGAGGCACGGUCCAGGAAUUGCUGGUAGAUUAUAUGGACGGUACCUGCUAA